AUGGUGCGCAAGGAGGCGACGGACGCUACGGACGCUACGGCUGAGCAGGACGCGCUUGAUUUGGAAGGCGUCAACCGUGUACUCGCCGCUGUCGGACUUGUGCCUCCCGCCGCGCAGCACCCUUCGCGCCGCCCGAUGCUUUCGCAGGACUUGUUCGAGAGCCCGCCACACGACGCCGAGCGCGUCGAAGCGCAGGAGGACCACCCUACCGAAGGCCCAUAUCCUUUCCAGGGCUUCGGUCCACACCGGGACUCCUCGUCGUCGCAACAAGUACCGUUCCCGCCGUCACCAGGUCGAACAGGCGAGGAGAAGUACGAGGAGUACGAAGAGGAGGAGAGCGUUGAGCCGCGAACAAGCCAAGACGUACCGUCCUCCGGCCGCACCUUGAACUCGAUGUCCAGUCUCGGUCAACCCAUACCCGGCCGCUACCCCUUCACUCUCCGCCAUCCGGCCUCGCGCGGCGGCAGCGUCUCCUCCAUGGGCGCGUUCACGGCGGCUACGCGGUCGCACCAUACACCGCAGAGCAAGAGCACGUCGUCCAAGACCCACUCGACCGGCGGCUCGCGCAUCUCGCGCUCGACUGGCAACGCGGAAAGCUCAGAUUCGCCUGCCAGCCAUGUCGGCGAUUCGUCGGGCGCGCCCAGUCCGCAGGGAAUAAACGCGCAUAUCCCGAUGCCGCCCCGUCAUCCUGCUCCGCGUGCUGGUCGUGGUCGCGCUGGCACUGUACCGAUGCCUGUGUCACCUUCGCCGGCGUACUAUGGUCGCGCUCGAGCUGGUACACAUACGACGAGCGCCGAGAGCGCCACCGACCUCGAGCCGAGCAUCGUCUACGAAUCCGAGUUCGAGGAUGGCGUCGUCGGUACCCUCGAUCUCACUGGUAUGACGGGUAGCUUGGGUCGACGCAGCGUGCGUAGCGGUACUGGUGUAAGUCCUAGCGCAGAGGAGCGCACGACCGGUGCCGCAUCACCUUCGCCCGAGUCCAUCCUCGCUCUCGAGCGUGAGGGCGAAGAUAGCGUCGGUCUUCUCUCCGCUGGUCCAAGCCCGCGUGGUUCCAGCGUCGGCCUUCGCUCGCGCAAUUCUAGCGCAGGUUCACAUUCACGUUCGCGCAGUGGCUCGUCGCGCUCACGCCACGGGUUUGGCCGCUCUCGUCACGGCUCGCAUCUCUCGGUAUCCUCCGCUGGGAUUGGCAUCCGCACCUCCAACUUCCGCGCGCGCACCACUUCCCUCAUUCACAGCAUCGGCUCGGCGUCACGCUGA